AUCGUAUCUCACAAGAUGGAGGCUGCCGACCUAUUACCGCUUCUUGAGCAAUUGGAUGAUAAUGUUGACGAUUUGGAAGAGGCGCUCAACCCAAUUUUGGAGAGUCCGGUCUCCGAGACAUCGAACAAACUCCCGGUUCUAGACAAGGCGAAAUUUCACGUCUUGGUUACCUACGCUUUGGAAUCUCUCAUAUUUUCUUAUCUGCGUCUUCAUGGCGUCAAUGCAAAGGAACAUCCUGUCUUCCGAGAGCUUACUCGCGUCAAGCAAUACUUCGGAAAAAUUCAGGCGCUAGAGACUGAGCCCGAGCAGCGGACUAUGACUCUUGACAAAGAGGCAGCUGGCCGCUUUAUCAAACACGGCCUUGUCGGGAAUGAUAAACUAGAUAUGAAACGCAAAGAACAGGAGGCCAAAGAGAAAGCGCGCGCUCAACUAAAAGCAGCUCUACUAGCUAAGAAAGCCACGGCAUCUGAGACAUCUUCCAGGAAUCGUACGAGUAGCUCGGACUCGGAGUCAGAACCUGAUAACGAGGAGUCGGACAGCGAGGAGGUUAUGAUUGCAGAGUCGGAGCAGCUGACAAAGGCAUUGGAAACAACACAAUCCGAAAACUCUCAGGAGGUAAAGAAGAAGAAAGACAAAAACAGGCAUGAGACUUCCAAGGCCACCAGGAAAAGGAAGAAGCGAAGCAAGGAGGAGCAGCAAGAACGAAAGAAAGAAAGACGGCAGAAGAAAAUGGAAGCUCGAAAGGCAGCAAAGGCAAAGUGAGAAGAGGUGGGAUGAUGACUACAAUCGCAACAUGACUCCUUUCAUCUCGGUCGGCCGGCCCGACCUCAGUGCCCAUAUUGAAUCUCAGCAGUUGCAUCGUUAGCAGAGCUGAACUAGGCUGUCAGUCUGUCAGUCCCUCGGACUGCCCUGCUAUCAGUCUCAUCACCUCGUCGUUGGCAGGGUUGGCCGUAAGAGGCGCCGUGUAUGUUCAUGCCGCGAGCUUACGUUUCCACAGAGGUACAACAUGACUGCUAAGGACUACCAAUGCUAUAUGCGAAGAGCGUAAGCACUCUAGCUAUCUCACUGAAGAGGUUCAGCAGGCACAAUUACAUGACCUAUGCCAUGAAUCAGAAUUAGGUACUUUCCGAAUAGACCAUUCUAUG